AUGCAAUAUAGUUCAAUGUCUAAUUUCCAGUUUAUAAAAAAAGAUAUUUUUUGUUUUAUAAAAUGUAAUUAUAUAUGUAUUGUUAAUUUGUUAAGUUCUGAAAAGAAAUAUCUGGGGGUAGUAAGCAAUGAUAAUGUUGAUAUAAAUAGAAAAUAUGAGAUUAAGGAAAUAAAGUUUUCUGAAAAUGAAAAAGAACCCACAGACGAGCCAAAAGACGUGUGUACGAAUGAUGAUAACAAAAAUAACGAAAUAACAAUAAAAAUUCAAGAUUGUGAUAAAAAAAUAGAUAAUUUAUAUAAUAUUUAUAAAUUUAUUUGUGAUGAAAAUACUAAUUCAUUAAUAAUUGUCUUAAAAAAAAAUUCUGAACAUUUAUUAUAUAAUUUAAUAUUUAACGAAAAUGAUAAUCUUGAAUCUUUUAAAAUAAAUUUGAUUAAAAAAUUUGAGUCGGUUAUAAAAUGCAUUGAAGUGUCACAAGAACACAUUUUCGUUCUAGUAAAAAAAAAAAAAAAAAAAAAUACAGAUGACAAAAUGGGUAGAAAAAUAGGUAGAAAAAUAGGUAGAAAAAUAGAUGACGAAAUGGGUACCAAAAUAGGUAGACAAAUAUAUGACGAAAUGGGUACCAAAAUAGGUAGACAAAUAUAUGACGAAAUGGGUACCAAAAUAGGUAGAAAAAUAGAUGACGAAAUGGGUACCAAAAUAGGUAGAAAAAUAGAUGACGAAAUGGGUACCAAAAUAGGUAGAAAAAUAGAUGACGAAAUGGGUACCAAAAUAGAUGACGAAAUGGGUAGACAAAUAUAUGACAAACGUAGUUGCCAACUUGAAGAUUUUUCCCAAACCUUUUUCAAAUACUCACUGCAAAUUUUUGAGACAGAAAACAAAAAUAGUGAACAAAAAAAAGUGAUAAAAAAAAUAUCAAUAACAUCAAAUUCUUUAAAAUUAAAACAACUUAUGAUAUGUCCAUAUGAUAACAGUAAAAUAGUCAUACUUUCAAAAAGAGGCAUAAUAUUUGUUGAUUCAAGAAGCUCUAAAAUAAAGUUAAAAGGCCCAGAUGUAAAAAGCCACGAUGUAAAAAAUUACGAUGUAAAAAAACACGAUGUAAAAAAACACGAUGUAAAAGAUGGUGAUUACUAUAAAGAGCUAACUUUUAAUAGCAAUAUAGUUGCAUCUACUUGGCUUGAUUUUUAUAUAUUUGUUAUAAGCUUAUCAAAUAAUCAAUUUCUUUUUUUUAAUUUCCAAAAUAACACAAGAUAUUUUCUUUUUAUAAAAUCUCUAAACAACUAUUCACCAAUAACUUAUCUUCUAUAUAAAAAUGAAUCCCUUUUUAUUUCAUUUGCUACAAAAGAAAUAAUUUGUUUCAAAGUUAACUAUUCGUUAUUGAAUCUGGCUUCCUUUAAAAGAACAAACUCGAUUGAAGGGAACUAUCUAAAUGUGAAUUAUUUAUUUAAAAAAAAAAAUAAAAAAAAAAACAAAGUUAAAAAUGGAAAAGUAAAAAAAAAAGAAAAAUAUAAAAACACAUUUAAUAAUAUACUUAAAGACAUAGAAGAGUUAGAACAAAAGCUGAACACAAAAAGUAGUAUCAUUUUAAAAAAUAUGGAAAAACAAAAAUGGGGUGAGCAUGAUAAUAUUGAUAGCGAUGAAAAUAUAUAUUUAACUUUGGAUGAAUUGGAACCGAAUGAAAGUAAUGACAAUAAUAAUAAUGACAAUAAUAAUAAUGACAAUAAUAAUGACAAUAAUAAUGACAAUAAUAUGUGGCGAGGUGGCGAAAAAGAGGACGAAAGAGAGGACAAAAAAAAGGACGAAAAAAAAAAAUUUUUUAAUUUAAAAAAAAAAAAAAAAAAAAUGUUUUUUAAUUUAAGUUAUAGAAAUAAUAAAGUAAUAGAUAUUUUGAAAUGUGUAUCAAUGAUAAAUUUACAAAAAGAUUUAGGAAAUAAAAUAUAUAGCUUUUUCAUACAUUUUAAUUAUCUAUUUAUAAUGUUAGAUAAUGGAAUUGUUUACUAUAACAAAAAUUAUGAUGAACAAAAUGGUGGAUUAACCAAUAUAUCAAAUUUUUAUUAUUUAACAAAUAUAUGUUUACAUAAAAUUACAAAUAUAAAAAUAAAUAAUGAUGGAAAUAUAUUCAGCUUAGAUAAAGCUCAUGUUUUAAAAUAUCAUUCACUAAACAAAUCAAAUUUAAAUAUUUUUCUUACAAAUAAAAAAAUUAUUUUUUUUGAUAUAUUUUCUAUUAUCCAAAAAUAUAAUUGUUUAUUCAUUUCUUUGAUAGAUGGUUCUUUUUAUUUUAUAAAUAUAGACACUAAAAAAAUUUUAUUAUAUGAUAAAGUAGAAAAUAUUUUUAAAAAAAAAAAUGAUUGGAAUCAAACUUGUUUGUUCAGAAAAAAUAUAGACUGGGCUUAUUUCAAUAAGAUAAAUGAUCAUGUACUAAAUGGUUAUUUAAAAGUAAAAAAUAUUUUUUAUUUUUUUUAUUUAAUUUAUUCAGAAUCGCAUGAAAAAUUUUUUAUAUAUAUAAUUCACAAACUUAAUAUAUAUAAAAUUUUGAUGAAUAAAAUAAUUAAAAAAAAAAAUAUCCAAAAAAGAAAAAUUAAACACACACACAAUUUUACUAUUUUAAAUUCUUCUGUGUUUAAAACUGGAGAGUCAGAUUAUAUUUGUUUUGCAAUUUUUGAAAAAUCGGAUAAUAAAUUUUAUAUAGCUUUUGUUAGAUUAGUUGGAGAAAGAGAUAUAUUCGAAAAAAAGACAAAAAAAAAAAUGAACAAAAAUAAAGAAAUAAAAUACUAUAAUAAUACAAUUAUAUAUUUUUUAGAUAUUAAAAAUAUAAAUGUUUUGUUUUCAAAAGUGAUAGGUAAUUAUUUAGUUAUAGUAGACACAUUUUUAAAUAUAACUUUUUAUUUAUUAACAAACAGCUAUUUUCAAAAUGGGUCGACUCAUAAUGCACCCAGUUUAUUGGGUCGAGACAAAAAAGAAAUAAAUAAAAAUAAAAACAAAAGAAAUACGGAAGAUUUAACGACCCAUUAUAAAUCCUAUCAAGACAAAGUUGAGAAUUUUUUCUUAACAAGAAUAUCAAAAAAAAAAGUAAAAAAUAACAACAUCGAAAAUGUAGAGACAGAAAAAAUAGACCAAAAUGAUGAAUAUGAUAAAUCCACAGAAAUACGAAAAAAAUUAAUUGAUGUAGUUCAAAUAAAUUUGGGUAAAGAAUGUUUUAGAAUCAAAAUUCAAGAAAAUUUAAAAAUUAAAUUCAUAAAUGAACAAAUGAAUCAAAAAGAGAAAGGAAUAUGUUCUAUUUAUAUGAUUACUGAUACAAAUAUUUUGAUAAAUUUUGAUUUUAAUUGCAUGUUAGACACAUUGGAAAAAAUCAAAAAUAUAAAUGUUAAGACAUAUCCUUAUUUGCCUGACCUAGAUUUUUUUUACAGCUAUAAUGGUCAGCAUGGAAUUUGCAAUUUUAUUUUAAAUGGUGGCAAAUAUUUUCAUUUGGAAAGGGACGGAAAAAAGGGGGACGAUAAAGAGGACGGAAAAAAGGGGGACGAUAAAGAGGACGGAAAAAAGGGGGACGAUAAAGAGGACGGAAAAAAGGGUGACGAUAAAGAGGACGGUUCGGAGCACACCUCUAUUUUAGAAACAAAUAGAAAUGUAAAUCUUCAACUUUAUAAAAAAAUAGUGCAUGAAAAAAAAAACAAUUUCUAUGCAAAUCUGAAUGUUGUAUUCUUUAAAAUAUGUCACACUGGAUUAUGUGAUAGAAAAGAAAAAAGAAAAAAACAAAAGAAAUUUAUUAAUAUUAUAGAUGUAAAAAAUGAAAGAAAAUAUAAACAAAUUGAUUUAUUCUUUGAUUAUGAAACAAUAAUUUUCCCAUUUAUAAAUGAAAAUAAUUAUAACAUAAAUUUAUAUAAAUGUUUAAAAUAUUGCAAAGAUAAAGAAUAUUUAGACAAUUUAAAUAAACAAGAAAAAGAAAUGAAAAAUAGAAUAAAUGAAUUAAGAGAUGAAUUAAAAAAUUUGAUAAAAGAAAAUAAAAAAAAUUAUAAUGAUAUGAAAUUAAAUCGAGAAGCUUUUUUUUUUGAUAAGAAAUAUAUUAAUGAGAUCGAAAUUGUCAAAAGUGAAUAUGAACAAAUAAAAAACUAUUUUGAAAUCGAAAAAAAAAAAAAAGAAAAUAUUGUUAAUAAAUUAAAGAAAAAAUGUAAUGUAUUUAAUAAAAUUAAUUUUAUUUAUGGUUUUCGAAAAGGACUGUUUGUGACAAAUUUAUAUAAAACUAAUGAAACUAUUGAAACGGAAAAAAUUAAUGUAUCUCCAAAUAACAAUAAUAAUAACUAUGCUAUUGGAAUAUAUAGCAAAUUCAUAAAUAAAAUAAAGACUUUAAGAUUUCUACAAAUUAAAGAAAUGUAUUAUAUGCAAAAUGUUGAAAAAAAUAAUAAUUUAUAUUGUUUAAAAAACCCUAAAAAUUAUAUAGAUGAAUAUCUAGAAAAUUUGUCUUCUCUUUUUUUUGUACAUUAUUAUUCAUAUAAAAAUAUCAAUUUAAAUUUUUUAUAUUCAAAUUUAUUUAAUUCUACUUAUAAAGAUAAUGAAUCACAAGCUUUGAAUUGGAACUAUCUUUUAUAUUAUCCUUAUGAACUUUUUACAAAUUCAAGAAAAAGAAUACAAUGUUUUAUUUUAUAUAUUUUAAUCGAACAGGAAAAAAUCAAAUUUGAUAACAAGUUUGCUAUUUUGAAAAAAGAAAAAAAAAGUUAUUUUGACGAAAUUAAAUUAUUAACAAAUAAAUUAAAACAAUCCAUAGAAGAAAUAAAAAUUUAUUUGGAACAUUCUUAUUCAGAUAAAAUAAAUCUAAAACUAUUUCAACAAGAUAUAUUUGAAAUUAUAAAAACAUGUUAUCCAGAUACUGUUAAUAAUAAUUUUGAUCCCAAAAAUAUUUUAAAAGAUUAUUUAAAUAAAAUAAAGUUCCAAAAUAAUAAAAAAAAUCUAAAUUGCCAAUAUAUAUUUGAUAAUAAAAACGAUACUAAUAUUAAAUUGAAGGAAGCCACAUCGGACACAUUUGAAAAUCGAAAAAAAAAUGAUGUCUCAUUAAUUGAAGACGAAUCUGAACAUGUUCAGAAAAUUUCAAAAAUAACUAAAAAUAAUGAACAAGAACAGUCAGAACAAAUAGAAUAUUAUAAUAAGCAAAAAGAGGAUAUACGAAAUAAGCUCAUAGAUAUAAAACAUUAUAUAUAUCAAAUAAAUAGUCAAUGCGACGAAUUUAAUGGAAAGCUGCAUCUAUUGAAGAAGCAAAAGGCAAAUACACAUAAGCAAAUUAUGUUGCACGAAUUUGAUUGCAUCUCUAUUUAUUCCCUUUUAAAAAAUGAGUAUACAAAAAUGGGAAUUUUGAAGAAAUUUGAAAAUAAACAAAAUAAAAUCCAAAACAAUUUAAAAGGGCUUUCCAAUUUGAUAACUACUUUGAAGGGUGAAGAAAUAUGUGAUAAAAUUCUGAACCAAAAAAAAGGAGACCUAAUAAUGAAAUAUAAUAAAAGUCUAAAAUUAAAUGAAUCUAUAAUUGAAAGAAAACGAAAUUUUGAAAAAAAAUAUCUUCAUGAAUCUGCAAAUUUCGAUGUCCUUAUGGAACAAAAAUAUGAAAAUAUUAUCGGAUUCGAAUACGAUUCAAAGAAAAAUAUUUUUUUAAAAAAAAAAGUUAUUCAAAAACAUAUAUUAGACACUAAUCAGUUAAUUCAGAAAAUUACUGAAUUACAAAAAAAUAUUAAAAAUAUAAAAGAAGAAAUUUAUAAGAACAAAAUAAAAAAUGAUUAUUUUAACUUUUUGAUAAUGGACAUAGAUGAAGAGGUUAAUGAUGUUAAAUAUUUGAAGGAAAACUGCGAAUUCUUAUUUUGUGAUAUAAAUAAUGUCAUAAGUUCUUUAGAAACGAAAAAGAGAAACAAGGAAGCCAUGUUUCAAUUAUCUGAGCAAAAAUUGCGUGACAAAAUAAAUAAUUUGAAUUCGAAAAUAUCCUCAAUAAAAUAUGAAAACACCGUGCUCGGUGAAAAUAUAAAAAGUUUAAUUGACGAAAUAAAUGAAAUAAAAGAAAGUCGAGGAGAUAACAACAAAAUUUUAUUUGACGAUAAAUUAAUACAGUGUUUAGAAAAUGAUGAAAAAAAAAAUGGAAAUGAAAAAAAUAUAACAGAUGUUAUCCUAAGGGGACCCUGUGAUGCAUUCUUAAAAAAUUUACAUACUAAUUAUAUUGACAAUACUACAAAAAAUAUUGCUAAAAAAAAUAAUAAAAAAGGAAUACGCAUAAAUGAAAUUUAUGAAAAAAAUAUUUUACUAAAAAAGUUUUACAAAUGA